GAAAGCUGAACUGCACGCACUGAAACUGCGUGUGCAGGAAUAUGAUAAACCAAAAGCAACGUCCUUUAAGUACCGGUUUUCUUCUCUCUGCCUGCCUUCUUUAAUAUCAUUACUUCACUUCCUUCUUUUCUUCUUCUUCUCUCUUUCUUUGUCUGGAAACAGAGACCAAAACGCAGGCAGAUGAGUCGUUUGGCACCGUUAUCAGAAGAACCCAUAAACGAAGAAGACUCUGCAAACAAUUCGAAGAGAGGCUUGUCAUGGAAAACCUGGCUCAAAACCCAUCUCUCUCUCGUCUUCAACAGGAAGUCUGAUCUUAAAAUCCUCUUAAGCGUUUUGGGUUGUCCUCUUUUCCCAGUGUCCGCCCUUUCUAAACCACCCAUCAAUGAGGUAUCAUCCUCAGCUCAAUACAUUAUACAACAUUUUACAGCAGCAACUGGAUGCCGGAAAUUGGAAGGGAUGGUGAAGAACAUUUUUGUGACUGGAAAAGUAACAAUGGCGAUGGUAGAUGAGCUAGGUGCCACAGUAGGUUCGGUGGCUGGAGCUGCCGGAGUUGCCCAAAAAGGCUGUUUUGUUAUGUGGCAAAUGGUACCUAAUAAAUGGCUAAUUGAAUUGGUUGUGGGAGGUCACAAGGUUAUAGCGGGUAGCGAUGGCAAUAUGGCUUGGCGCCGCACACCAUGGCUAGGAGCACAUGCAGCCAAAGGCGGUGUUCGUCCCCUACGCCGAGCUCUUCAGGGACUGGAUCCCAUGGCAAUAUCAUCUGUAUUUUCCUCAGCUCAGUACAUGGGAGAGAAACGGAUCUCCGGAACCGAUUGCUUCGUGUUGAAACUAUCUGCUGAUCAAGUGGACUUGGCUGAUCGAAGUGAUAACACUGCUGAGAUGAUCAAGCACGUCAUAUUCGGCUACUUCAGCCAAAGAAGUGGGCUCCUGGUGUUUCUAGAAGACUCUUACCUGACCAGGAUUCAAUCACCUGGAACACACCCUACAUAUUGGGAAACAACAAUGGCUACCAAAAUUGAAGACUAUAGGUUAGUGGAAGGUGUCGUGGUUGCACAUUCUGGUCAGUCUAAUGUUAUCAUCACGAGAUUUGGCGAUAAUUUAAAGGCAGGCCUCUCAGUCACUCGCAUGGAAGAGAUAUGGACCAUCGAUGACGUUGCAUUCAAUGUACCCGGACUCUCCAUCGAUUGCUUCAUCCCUCCCAAAGAAGUUCAGAGAGAUUUCCCGGACGAGAACUUAGAUUGGCAAUCGCCUUUGCAUCGAUGAUAAAGACUAAACACUAAAAAAUUAGAUGACCCUUAUUCACAUAUGUAAUGAGGUAAGGGGGAGGUAGGAUAGUAGGCUGUACCAACGCCAGGUUGAGAGCAGCUUCCGUGAGAGACCUCCAUAUGUAUAUAGAAUCACAUUAUAAAGACUAAACACCUUUGCAUCGAUGAUAAAGACUAAACACUACUUGGUUGCUAAUUGCUUUCAAUAUAAAGGCAUUUGAUUUCGAUGCUAUUUUAACUUUUGACUGGAGUAGGCCUGGCACUCGUCUAUAAGCAUGUGUAUAUAGAAUCACAUUAUAUAUAUUUUUGGGUCCCAGUGUUUAGAACUAUAGUAGGCUUUCAUUUUGCUUUAACUGAUUAUGGGAUCAUUUUGUAUC